CAUGACAGCGAUACUGACCAAUAACCAUCCCUUUGCUCGAGCUUGACAGUUAGUUCCACCGCCAGCCACAACCGGUCAACGUCGUAUUUCGAGACUCCUCCUGCGACAUUCCUUUCCGCUUCAUGUUCUCCACCAACUAUCCUUCUCGAAAUCUAAGUGCUAUAAACAUGGAAAAACAAGAUUCUUCACAAAAAGAAAAGACAGCAGAUGACCUUCCAAAUGUCUUGGUUCUUGGGCCACCUUCUGUUUUCAAAGCUUAUGAGAGACAAUUCUCAGAUAAAUUCCAUUGUCUAAAACCAUGGGAAUCCGCUAUUCCACUCCACCAAUUCCUUUCUACCCAUGCAGGUUCUGUACAAGCUAUGUUCUGUUCUGUUUCAUGCCCCAUUACCACUGACAUUUUACAGAAGCUGCCUGAGCUUCGUUUUAUUGCAACCAGCAGUGUUGGUGUUGACCAUAUUGACCUCCAUGAGUGCAAACGGCUUGGAGUCAAAGUUGCUAAUGCUGGCUCAGUUUUCUCAGAGGAUGUUGCUGAUAUGGCUGUGGGUUUGUUGAUUGAUGUGUUAAGAAGAGUAAGUGCUGCUAAUAGCUUUGUUAAGGCUGGAUUAUGGCACCAGAAAAAAGAUUAUCCUCUGGCUCACAAGUUGGGAGGUAAGCGAGUAGGGGUUGUUGGAGUGGGAAAUAUUGGUUUAGAGGUCACAAAGAGGCUUAAAGCCUUGGGUUGCAUUAUCUCAUACACUUCUAGAACCAAAAAACUCGAUCUCACAUUCCCUUUUUUCCCCAAUGUUCUACAACUUUCAACAAACUGUGAAAUCCUCAUCAUUUGUUGUGCAUUAAACGACCAAACACACCACAUGAUUGACAAAAACAUCAUGUUGAAUUUAGGAAAACAAGGAGUUAUAGUGAACGUAGCCCGAGGGGCAAUCGUUAAUGAGAAAGAAUUGGUGGAGUGUUUAGUGAAAGGGGAAAUUGGUGGGGUCGGUUUGGAUGUUUUUGAAAAUGAACCGGAUGUUCCUCACGAGUUAUUGAAAUUGGAUAAAGUUGUGAUGACACCACAUCAUGCGGUGAUGACUCAGGAAUCUUUCAGGGGUCUUUUUGAGGUUGUGGUUCGGAAUUUGGAUGCUUUUUUCGUGAAUAAACCUUUGAGGUUUGAAGUGUAUAGCAGGGAUGACUAAAUUGGAUGAGGAUUUAGAUACGCUUUUUCUAUAUAAAAUAAUUUGUGAUGUAAAUGUGAAAUAAUUCCUUCCAAAUUUAUCAUUAAUAGUGGUAUAUUUUGAUUUAAACUAUAUACUUG